UUGGAUGUUCAUAUUUUGAGAUCCACGCGUAUUGAUGAAUCAAUAGUCUUUUAUUUUUCUCAAAACAGAACUGUAAGAGCUUCUUUUUAGCAAAAAAAAAACGGUAAGAGCGUCUCUGUCUCAACGGUAUUGCAGAUUUUGCAAUCCUAGGCAUCAUUCGUCAAUGGAAUGCUGGGGAAGGAAGAAGGAGAAGCAGAAGGAAAAAGAGAAAAAGUGGUUCCUCGAAAAUGGAAGCAUCUUUCUUCAGCAACUCAUUGCAGACUGUAACGGUGUAUCAAACCCUAUCCGAAUCUUCUCUUCCGAUCAAAUCUCCAAGGCCACAGAUCACUUCGACCCCAAGUUUUAUCUCCAUGAUAUACCAGAAGCCUUUACUUGGUACAAGGCCGUCAUCGAAGGCAGAUCUUACGCGAUCAAGAAAUUUACAGACAAAUGGCAUCAAAUCCAUCCAGUCGCGCCGUACAAUGAUACCGUCUUGUCGUCUCGGGUAAGUAAUUACAGUGGUUUCCUCCAACUCAUGGGAUGUUGUCUCGACUUUCCUUGUCCGGUGUUGGUGUUUGAAAACCUAGAAUAUAGAUUUUUGAACGUUCGAGGAAGUGUUGGUUGCGAGGACGCGCCUUUGUUACCGUGGAAUGUUCGUUUGAAGAUUGCCAAAGCGGUUGCGAGGGCUAUCGCUUAUCUUCACACGGCUUUCCCUAGAAUCAUUAUACAUAGAAAUAUCAAUCCGUCUAAUGUUUUGUUGGAUAAGAAUGGGAUGGCUAAGUUGACUGGUUUUUCCAAGGCCGUAACGCUCCCUGAGGGUAAAACGUGGACUGAAGAAGAGCACGUGUUUGGAACUUAUGGAUAUAUGGAUCCUAUUUAUCUCUCGACUGAUAGACUGACAGAAUAUUCAGAUGUGUUCAGUUUUGGAAUCCUUAUGUUGGUUCUUCUCGUGGGAAAACCAGCAUAUUGGGAUGAAUCAGAUGGCGGAAUAUUGUAUCCUGAAAUAUUGCUUCUUGAUUAUGUCAAGAAUCUGCAGGAGAGAGGAGAGCCUAUUGAAUUCGGGGGUGGUUCGAACCAGAUGAGGCCUGGUCAGAUGAAUAUGUUUCUCGACCUGGCAUUGAGAUGCUGCGAGGAGAGGAAUGAAGACAGGCCUAAGAUGAUCUCGGUGGCGAAAGAGAUUAAGCUAAUAGAAACAAUGAUCAUUUGAUUGUUCUGAGGAUGGUCAGAUCUAAAGAUCUGAUAUUUGUGGUUAUACGGUUGUGUAUUUGUUACAUUUGUGAUUUAAUAUGAUAUAUGAUU